AUGGGCUGUAUAUCUGGGUUUGAUUCGGUCUGUGUGCUUCAUAUCAAAACUGUACAACAACAAACCCACUCGUCCACUUGCACGUGCAUAUCGACUCUUACUAACAUCAGUGCUGUCUUCAACGACUACUCUAGUUUCUCAAACGUCACCACGUUUGCUGACGCAUACCGUAACUUCAACCAGAUCCCUACACUCAAUGUCCUCGAGAAGGUCUGGGGUGCCUACUACUACUGGAUGAACAAUGACAUCAUUGCCACCGGUCUCUUCUUCUUCGUGAUGCACGAGGUCAUGUACUUUGGCCGUUGUUUGCCAUGGUACAUCAUCGACCAGAUCCCAUACUUCAGAAAGUACAAGAUUCAAGACACAAAGCUCCCCAGCAACGCGGAGCAGUGGGAAUGUAUGAAGUCCGUGCUCAUGUCUCAUUUCAUGGUCGAGGUAUUGCCUAUUUGGUUUUUCCACCCCAUCAGUGCCAAGAUCGGUAUGACUUUCGAUGUUCCAUUCCCAGCCUGGACCAAGGUUUUGACCCAGUUGGCUAUUUUCUUCGUUUUGGAAGACGCUUGGCAUUACUGGCUCCACAGGGGCUUGCACUACGGUGUUUUCUACAAGUACAUUCACAAGCAACAUCACAGAUACGCCGCUCCUUUCGGUUUCACUGCUGAGUAUGCUCACCCAGUCGAGGUUGCCCUUUUGGGAAUGGGUACCGUUGGUUUGCCAUUGAUUUGGUGUUACUUCACCCAUGACUUGCACUUGUUCACCAUUUCGUUGUGGAUCUGUUUGAGAUUGUUCCAGGCUGUUGAUGCACACUCUGGAUACGAGUUCCCAUGGUCUUUGCACCACUUUGUGCCAUUCUGGGCCGGAGCUGACCACCAUGACGAGCACCACCACCACUUCAUUGGCUCGUACGCCUCCAGUUUCAGAUGGUGGGACUUUGUGUUGGGAACCGAGGCCGGUCCUAAGGGUAAAGAGGCCAGAGAGACUGCCUCGAAGGUUGCUGCCGAGAAGAAGGUUCAAUAA